UUUUUUUUUUCCCUUGAGAGUAAUCUCAAAAAGCCCUCGUUAACGAGACUGCGUUGAAGUGACCGGAUUACCAAUCCACGAGCGAGAAGCCUUGCUAUCACCGUUGAUAAAAAAAAAGUCACGAGGUGCCCAUUUUCCUUCUGUUGUCCGCCUCAACCGGGGCGGUUUUUUUUUUUUUUCUUCUUCUUCUUCUUGUUCUUCUUCUUUCUCAUAAUGGCGGCUACAAACGAGGAAGUCGUCACCAAGGUCACGGAGUACGUCGAGGGCUACAUGGCAAAGUACGACGCCUCUCACGACUUCAACCACAUCAGGCGCGUUGUCUCGCUCGCCCACCGCAUCUACGCGCAGUCCCCCGCCACGCCGGCCCUGGACAAGCACACCAUCACCCUCGCCGCCCUGCUCCACGACGUCGGCGACCGCAAGUACCUCCAGCCCGGCGAGGACGCCUCGACGCUCGUCUCCGCCGUCCUCGGGUCCCUCGGCGUCGACCCGCAGCUCGCCGCCCGCGUGCAGGCCAUCUGCCUCGGCGUCAGCUACUCCAGCGAGAUCAAGGACCCGGCCCGGGUCCGCGCGCUAAUCGCCGAGCACCCGGAGCUGGCCGUCGUGCAGGACGCGGACCGUCUGGACGCCAUCGGGGCCGUGGGGGUGGGCCGCUGCUUCACCUUUGGCGGCGCAAAGGGCUCGCGGAGCAUGGACGACUCUAUCGUGCACUUUGAGGAGAAGCUGGUCAAGCUCGAGGGCAUGAUGAAGACGGCUCCGGGCAGGGAGAUGGCGCGGGAGCGAACAAGGAGAAUCCGGACGUUCAUGAAGUGGUGGGAGGACGAGGCAGGCCCCGUGAAUGCAUGAGGUCUUGGUCGUGGAAGGGGAUGAAGGCGCUGUCAUUUCGAUUCAACUCGAUACCCAGAUUCAUUUGAACACCGCGGUCCAUGUUUCAACUAAGAAAU